GCCGAUUACUCACUUUUCAAUCUUCAUCCUUUUCUUCAAACAAAUGCAACUAUGCAAACCGAUCAUAACGAAAUCGACCUCCAUGAAUGCUCCGGCGAUGAACUUGAUUCAAUCCCUCAAGAACCAUCAACGUCCUCUCUCGCCGCCGUCGCCGGCCAACACAUGGAGCCACCGCCGCCGUCUCCAAAACAUGUUAACCCAUUCUGGGUCAUACUCAAGGGUAUUGUCCUAGCUUUCAUUAUCUCCCUUUUCUUCCUUAUAUUAGGCAUCGCCACAGCUGCUCUCUUUCACUUCAUCGCCGCCGGAGCUCCCUCACACUCCCGUCGUCCCCGCCGCUCUUCUUCUUCAUCAUCAUCAUCAUCAUCAAGUUUUGACUCAGAUUAUACGGCGGAGGAGCUAAUGAGGCUCCUCCCCUGUUUUGAAUAUUCAGAAUCCGACACCACUACUACUACUAAGGAUUGCGCAAUUUGCUUGGAUGGUUUCCAUAGCGGAGAGAGAAUUCGGAAGCUUCCAAACUGUAACCACACUUUUCAUUCUAACUGCGUUGAGAAAUGGCUGACAAGAGUAUCUAAUUGCCCGAUUUGUCGACUCCGGUUGAACUUGUUGACCCCAGAUGAUUAA